UUAUCAACGGGUUGGAUGGAAAAUAAUCAUUACAUUGGGUCGUAUGAAGUUUUUAAUGGUGGGUGUUCAAUCAACACUAUUUCUUAUUUCUUGUAGUGUGGUCCACUUGAGAUUUGGAUUUACUUUAUUUUUUAUCAGUCCAGCAAAAUGUAUGGAUGCCAUGGAUAAAUAUACAUACAUCAUGGUGGGACCCACACAGCUUUUCCAUCACCGGCCAGUAUCCACAUCGGUAUUGGAGGGGUCACUACCAAAGCCUAGUUUUUAUUUGUCAUAUGAAGGAAAAGACAAAAACGAUCCUGAUCAAAACUUCUGAGGCUCCUAAGAAGUUUUCAAUGGUUAGCAUUCAAUCCCCGUGUGGUCCACUUGAGCUCUCGAUCUGCCUCACUUUAUGCACAUACCCUAAAAUGACUUGGAAAAAUGGAUGGACAGUGCGGAUAAAACCCAUGCCUCACGGUGGGCCCCACAGCGCCCCUUUCUGGACCGAGUCUAUGUAGGCGGGGGCAGGACGGCAAUCCGAUUCCCUUUGUCUGACACUGCUAAGACAAUGGUAACCCUUUGCUUUUUGCCGUUUGAAUUUUAACCAUUCACGUUUUACUUCUAAUUCUCCAUUGAGUGUAUGGUUAGGAUUAGCUUGAUCGUUUCUAUUUUAAGAUUAGAUUCUCCAUCCACAAUGUGGCCUCCAAUUUGGAUGGUCUGGAUAGCUGUACACGAGUGCAACAUGUGAGGAGGAUGAGUCACCACCAUUUUGGAAAAUAUCGUGAUGGACUCUCACAGCAAUUUCGAGCAACGCGCACACUAUAUAAAGAACUUGCAGGGUCUAAUGAAAUACAAGCAGAAGAAGAGAGAUAUUCUAGUGUCUGACAAAGAACCCCACCAAAGGAGUAAAAAUGAAAUACUCUUCUCAAUGGUGGAUACUAUCAUCAGCAAUUCUACUUUUAACCACAUCUGUUCAUGCCUCACGAACUCUUCUGAGAAAUGAAAAUGGGGUGAAAACUGCCGUCUUUCUAUCCCCUCCAUUCGAGCUAGGAUCAGGAUCUGUGGCAAACAAAAACUACUUCGAUGUUGAUUUCCCAAAAGGCCACAUUGCUCUCAAGGACUUCAAUGCUGAAAUAAUCGAUGCGGCUGGGAAUCCAGUCCCACUUCAUGAGACCUAUCUCCACCAUUGGCUCAUGGCUAGAUACUAUGGUCUCACUUCAGCUGUUUCCAACGUCACCUUUGUGAGGAAUUCUGGAGUUUGCCAGGGAAAUGUGCUUGCUCAGUACUAUGGCCUUGGAUCCGAAACGCGCCGGACUUUGACGUACGUGCCGGACCCUUACGGUAUAGAAGUUGGAAAUCCAGCUCAAAUUCCAAACGGGUAUGAGGAGGGGUGGUUGCUGAUUGUUCAUGCGAUCGAUACGCGCGGCGUUGUUGAUCGGAUGGGGUGCACGGAGUGUAGGUGUGAACUUUAUAAUGUGACGAAGGAUGCGAAUGGGAUGCCUUUGAGCAAGGAUUACCCCGGCGGUCUUAGUUGUUGCUAUGAUCAAACACAAUGUAAGGUGAUAGAAGGUUGUGAGCAUGAGAAGAGAGAGCUCUACUUGAGAUAUGCAGUGAAGUGGGUUGAUUGGGAUGAGAGCAUCGUCCCUGCUAAGAUAUACAUAUUAGAUGCAACAGAUUCUGGGGAGAGAGAAAAUUCAACUGACCAAAAUGCUCCAUUGGUCGGUUGCCAGGUCGAAUACCAGGUCGAGUCAUGUUCUGCAAGCAUGGAAAAAGGCCUUUGUGUAGAUGCCAAAAAGACGAGUGUGGUCAUGCCUCGUGGGGGCAAUGUUAUCUAUGGGGUGGCCCACCAGCAUGCUGGUGGAGUUGGUUCUACUGUUUAUGGACAGGAUGGCAGAGUUAUAUGCUCUUCGAUACCAAUCUAUGGAGAUGGGAACGAAGUAGGGAAUGAGGAUGGCUACGUUGUUGGAAUGUCCACUUGCUAUCCCAAGCCAGGGUCUGUUAAAAUCAUGGAUGGUGAGGUUUUGACUCUCGAAUCGAAUUAUAACAACAGCCAGAUGCAUGCUGGAGUCAUGGGCCUCUUCUAUAUGUUAGUAGCAGAUCUGCCACUGAAGGAAUGAUACGUUCCCAUGAGUAUGAAUGAGAGAGACCUGUGGAGGAAGUCACGUGAAAGAAAGGAAUUCUCUCCUUCUCUACUUCCACUUAUCCUGCUUCCUCUCAUCUUCUACUCUCCUACUUUACUUAUCAUUUAAAAUUAUGAAAAACUAUUUUCCUUUAUCUUGUUGGUUUGG